CAUUGCCAUUCAGGUUAUGUCUGGCGGUGGUUCAGGUGUUGAUAUUUAUCGUCUCGCAACGAACAAAAUUAUUGGAGGUAAUGUACGAUAAAUACAACAUUUGGGGCAAUGACCCUAAAUGUUGGAAAACACCUAUAAAGCCGCUCGAAGAAAAAUGGAAGCUCGUGCCGGCGUUUCUCCAAGUCAAGGGCCUGGUGAAGCAACACAUCGACUCCUUCAAUCAUUUCAUCAAUGUCAACAUCAAAAAAGUUGUCGAAGCGAACCAGUUAGUGCUAAGCGAUGCAGAUCCUUUAUUCUACCUGAAAUAUCUCAGCGUGCAAGUUGGGAAACCUGACAUCGACGAAGGAUUUAACGUGACCAAACCAACGACUCCGCAUGAAUGUCGCCUUCGAGACAUUACCUACUCAGCUCCUAUAACAGUCGAUAUUGAAUACACCCGCGGAUCGCAGAGAAUCAUCCGGAAUGGGCUGCUGAUAGGGCGAAUGCCCAUCAUGCUCAGGUCAUCGAAUUGCAUCCUCACCGGGAAGUCGGAAUUUGAGUUAUCGCAAGUGAACGAGUGCCCGCAUGACCCCGGCGGUUACUUUGUUGUACGCGGCCAGGAGAAGGUUAUUUUGAUCCAAGAACAACUGUCUUGGAAUAAAAUGAUCACUGAAGAGUUCAAUGGAACUGUUCAGUGCCAAGUUACCAGCUCUACGCACGAGAAGAAGUCGCGUACCGUGAUUCUAAGCAAGCACGGGAAGUACUACUUGCGGCACAAUUCCAUGACGGAUGACAUUCCGAUCGCGAUAAUCUUGAAAGCGCUGGGAGUGAUUUCCGACCAGGAAAUAAUGCAACUCAUUGGCACGGAUCCGGACACGCAGAACAGAUUCGCGCCUUCCCUACUAGAAAGUUUUCAACACAAGAUUUAUACUCAGCAACGGGCUCUGGAUUACAUGGGAUCGAAGCUGGUGGUUAAACGAUUCCAAACGUCCGGAUCAAAAUUCAAAACUCCAGGAGAUGAAGCUCGUGAUCUUCUCGCCACCACUAUUUUGGCUCAUGUGCCAGUGGAAAAUUUCAACUUCCAGAUCAAGUCCAUUUACGUCGCUCUAAUGGUACGGCGAGUUAUGACAGCAGAAGUAAACAGCGCAGCUUUUGACGAUAGAGAUUAUUACGGCAACAAACGUUUGGAAUUGGCAGGUUCCUUACUAUCUCUCAUGUUUGAAGAUUUAUUCAAACGAUUCAAUUGGGAAUUGAAAAUGAUUGCAGACAAAAACAUUCCCAAAAUUAAGGCAGCGCAGUUUGACGUUGUUAAACAUAUGCGACCUGCUCAAAUUACAAUAGGAUUGGAAUCGGCAAUUUCUUCUGGUAACUGGACUAUCAAACGGUUUAAAAUGGAGCGCGCUGGCGUAACACAAGUACUAUCACGACUGAGUUAUAUCUCCGCUUUAGGAAUGAUGACAAGGGUCAAUUCACAAUUUGAAAAGACACGAAAAGUAUCUGGUCCGCGUUCCCUUCAACCGAGUCAAUGGGGAAUGUUAUGUCCCUCUGACACACCUGAAGGAGAGGCUUGCGGUCUUGUGAAAAAUCUGGCGUUGAUGACCCACAUUACCACAGAAGUUGACGAAGCGCCAGUUAUUCGACUGGCCUUUAACGCCGGCGUUGAAGAUAUUCGCCUUGUGGGCAGUGACGCAAUGAAUAACACAAGAGUAUUCUUAGUUUUCAUAAAUGGUAAUAUUUUGGGGGUGACAAUCGAUCUACAGCGACUAGUGCAGGUGUUUAGGAUGAUGCGCCGAAAGGGUCUCCUGGGUCCGUUUGUAUCUAUACACACCUCUCAUUUCCAACGUUGCGUUUAUAUUCAUACGGACGGCGGUCGUUUGUGUCGGCCCUACAUUAUAGUCAAAAGGGGACGCCCAAUGGUGGAGCAGAUACACAUUGAUGAAUUGAAUAGUGGUUACCGCAAAUUUGAAGAUUUCCUUCAUGACGGACUCGUGGAAUAUCUCGAUGUUAACGAGGAGAAUGACUCAUUCAUAGCUUGCAAUGAAAGUGAAAUAAACCCGGAGACAACAACGCAUCUCGAAAUAGAACCGUUCACAUUGUUGGGGGUGUGUGCAGGUUUGGUUCCAUAUCCUCAUCACAAUCAAAGUCCGCGAAACACAUACCAAUGUGCUAUGGGUAAACAAGCUAUGGGUGUUAUUGGAUACAAUCAGAAGAAUCGUAUUGACAGUUUGAUGUAUAAUAUCGUUUAUCCACAGAGUCCGAUGGUUCGAUCAAAAACCAUAGAAUUGACCAAUUUCGAUAAACUCCCCGCUGGUCAAAAUGCAACGGUCGCAGUGAUGAGUUAUUCCGGCUACGAUAUUGAGGAUGCUCUUAUCCUGAACAAGGCAUCAAUUGAUCGAGGUUACGGGCGCUGCUUGGUUUACAAAAACUCAAAAUGUACGGUGAAACGUUAUGCAAACCAAACGUACGAUCGGAUCAUGGGUCCUAUGAAAGAUUUGGUUACUAACAAAGUCAUUUUCAAGCAUGAAGCGUUAGAUACAGAUGGCAUUGUAUCUCCUGGUGAAAUGGUUGUCAAUAAGCAGACCCUAAUCAACAAAGAAAUGCCUGCGGUAACAUCUAUAAAUCCUCUAGAGCAAAAAGAGUCCGGCAGCAAUCCUGUUCAAUAUACGGCGGUGCCAAUCACAUACAAAGGCCCGGAGCCAAGCUAUAUUGAAAAAGUCAUGGUCUCUGCAAACGCUGACGAAGAUUUUCUGAUCAAGAUUCUACUGCGUCAAACUAGAAGACCUGAAAUCGGUGAUAAAUUUAGUUCAAGGCACGGACAAAAGGGUGUAACAGGUUUAAUAGUAGAGCAAGAAGACUUGCCUUUCAAUGACUAUGGCAUCUGCCCGGAUAUGGUCAUGAAUCCUCAUGGUUUUCCGUCUCGUAUGACAGUAGGGAAAACGCUCGAAUUAUUGGGUGGUAAAGCUGGACUUUUGGAAGGGAAAUUCCAUUAUGGCACAGCAUUCGGUGGCUCCAAAUGCAAGGAUAUACAGGAUGAGCUUUUUAAACAUGGCUUCAACUAUUUAGGAAAGGAUGUGUUUUAUUCUGGAAUAACGGGAGAGCCUUUAGAAGCAUACAUUUAUUCAGGACCUGUCUAUUAUCAAAAACUGAAACACAUGGUUCAGGACAAAAUGCAUGCCCGAGCACGUGGUCCAAAAGCAGUUUUAACCAGGCAGCCUACGCAGGGUCGUAGUCGAGAAGGUGGCUUACGGUUAGGCGAAAUGGAACGUGAUUGCCUAAUAUCUUACGGAGCAAGUAUGCUUAUUAUGGAGCGGUUAAUGAUUUCAUCAGACGCCUUCGAUGUAGAUGUAUGCAACACCUGCGGUCGUCUUGCUUACUCCUCGUGGUGCCACAAUUGCAAGUCAUCGGCAAAUGUAUCGAAAAUCUCUAUGCCAUAUGCAUGCAAGUUACUCUUCCAAGAACUCACAAGUAUGAAUGUUGUCCCGAGACUAAAACUUCAAAACUACUAAACUCCACAGAUUACGAAUAGCAUUUCAAUUUUCAUUGUUCGAAAUGAAAGUAAAUUGUGUUGGAAAUACGUUUUUAUUAUUUAUUAUCCUAUAAA